GUGGACGGCGCGCCGCGGCGGGGUGGGCGAAGAUGCCGCUGCCGGUUCAGGUGUUUAACUUGCAGCAGCCAGCCAGCUCUGUGUCAGGGUCGGGGGGUGCAGAGAGUCAGGACAGAAUGCGGGGUGGCCCGGCCCCCCGCGCGGCCGCGUCGUCAGUGGCAGAUGUGCACUGCGCCCCUCCCAGCGGUAGGUCAGAGCUCUUCCUGCCGGGCACGGCCGGGGACUUCAGCCUGAGCGCCAGCCUGUCGGCCUGUACGCUGCUUUAUGAGGGGGCCGUGGAGCCCAUGCAGAUCGACGUGGACCCCCAGGAGGACCCGCAGAACGCGCCUGAUGUCAACUAUGUGGUGGAGAACCCCACCCUGGAUCUGGAGCAGUACGCGGCCAGCUACAGUGGCCUGAUGCGCAUCGAGCGCCUGCAGUUCAUUGCUGACCACUGCCCCCCGUUGCGGGUGGAGGCACUGAAGAUGGCCCUGUCCUUCGUGCAGAGAACCUUCAACGUGGACAUGUAUGAGGAGAUCCACCGCAAGCUCUCGGAGGCUACCAGGGGUGAGGGCCGCUGGGAGGCACCUGCCCGCCCUGCACGUGGGCCCCUGAUGGCCAGGUCCCCUCUCAGGGAGCUGCAGAAUGCGCCUGACGCCAUCCCUGAGAGUGGUGUGGAGCCGCCACCCUUGGACACGGCCUGGGUGGAGGCCACGCGGAAGAAAGCCUUGCUGAAGCUAGAGAAACUGGACACAGAUCUGAAGAACUACAAGGGCAAUUCUAUCAAGGAGAGCAUCAGGCGCGGCCAUGACGACCUGGGUGACCACUACCUGGACUGUGGGGACCUCAGCAACGCCCUCAAGUGUUACUCCCGGGCCCGGGACUACUGCACCAGCGCCAAGCAUGUCAUUAACAUGUGCCUCAAUGUCAUCAAGGUCAGCGUCUACUUGCAGAAUUGGUCUCACGUGCUGAGCUAUGUCAGCAAGGCCGAGUCCACCCCAGAAAUUGCUGAGCAGCGUGGGGAGCGUGACACCCAGACUCAGGCCAUCCUCACAAAGCUCAAGUGUGCAGCAGGCCUGGCUGAGUUGGCCGCACGCAAGUACAAGCAGGCUGCCAAGUGCUUCCUGCUGGCUUCCUUCGAUCACUGCGACUUCCCCGAGCUGCUCUCCCCCAGCAACGUGGCCGUGUACGGCGGCCUGUGUGCCUUGGCCACCUUUGACCGGCAGGAGCUGCAGCGCAACGUCAUCUCCAGCAGCUCCUUCAAGUUGUUCUUGGAGCUGGAGCCACAGGUUCGGGACAUUAUCUUCAAAUUCUACGAGUCCAAGUAUGCCUCGUGCCUGAAGAUGCUAGACGAGAUGAAGGACAACCUGCUCCUAGACAUGUACCUGGCUCCCCACGUCAGGACCCUGUACACGCAGAUUCGCAACCGGGCCCUCAUCCAGUAUUUCAGCCCCUAUGUGUCUGCUGACAUGCACAAGAUGGCGACGGCCUUCAACACCACAGUGGCGGCGCUGGAGGACGAGCUGACGCAGCUCAUCCUGGAGGGGCUCAUCAAUGCCCGCAUCGACUCACACAGCAAGAUCCUGUAUGCACGGGACGUGGAUCAGCGCAGCACCACCUUCGAGAAGUCUCUGCUGAUGGGCAAGGAGUUCCAGCGCCGUGCCAAAGCCAUGAUCCUGCGGGCAGCCGUGCUGCGCAACCAGAUCCACGUCAAGUCCCCUCCCCGGGAAGGGAGCCAGGGGGAGCUGACACCGGCCAACAGCCAGUCUCGGAUGAGCACCAACAUGUGAGGGCACCCUCGGGCUCCAGGAUGGUCUGCACGCCCCGCCCCGCCCCCUGCCCUUGGACUCCUGGGCCUCCCAUCUGCUCUAGCAGCACUUCCAGAGGUGUCGUCUGUGGCCCACUUAGAGGGGCUGGCUGCUGGCUGACCCCAGCCCUCGGCCCCCUGCCCGGGCUUCCACGUGUCCAGAUCUUGUGCCCCCUUCCCCUUGCUGCACCCUCUGCUGGGGGCCCUGGGGAGGAGGUGGGCUUUCUUGGAAGGAGAGGCCUGCAGGGCUCACCGUCGUGGUGCCCAGGGCCCCCACUUGGCAGCACUGCCUCCCAGCCUCUAUGUUGACACGUCGUUUGGGGUUGCAGCGUUGUUGAAUCUUAGUCCAUUAAAGGGCAGCCUAAGAACA